GAUCCUCUCACCGCUUCAUUCUGAUAGCGGAGACGAUCGAGUGCGAUCAUUCUUUCUUCUUGUAUUUGUUCGUCCAUUCAAGAUUGUUGCUACUGCUACUGUUGCGUCCGUGAACUUGACCGCACAUAAGUAAACACGGAAAGUCAGUAUUUUUUUUUUUCUCGUGCUCGUUCGAUUCUAGCAGCUUGUGAUAGUGCUAGUUGGUGGUAAACAUGUUUACGUUUUUGAUGAUUUCUGCCCUCGUGGCCGGAGCUAGUGCUGGAUAUGCCAGCAGCCAGUACGCCGGUGCCGGUACGUCAUCAGGUCUCUACAAUCAGUUCAGUCCCAACUAUGACCGCAAUGCCUAUGCUGACAAGUACCCCUAUACCAAUACAGGUUACAACGGGGGUUUCGCGUCGAACUUUGUCGGAUCCGGCGGAGUCGGAUCCGCGGCCGGGACCGGUGUUUUUACGCCCGGAUUUGCACCCUACCAACCGGUGCCAGCCUACCCGAACGUGUUCGAUUUCAGCAGCUUCUUUCAUGGAUUGCAGUCUAACUUUGCCAAUUCAGCUACCCAGGCUUUUGCAACGGCUGGAGCCACGGCUGCCGCCUCAGCGUCGCAGUAUGGACGGUACCAUCCCCAUCAACAGAACCUCCAUUAUCAGCAGCGAUUGCAGCAGGGCCAAGGAUAUCCCUAUUCAACCAAUUAUAAUAAUCAUUACAAUCACCAAAACUACAACGGUCUUAAUAGCAACUUCGAUCCUAUGAACUUGUAUCAGCAACAGAUAGCGCACCAGAAUGCUCUCUUCAAUAAUAUCCGCCAACAGCAGGCCGCUUUUGCAGCACAGAGCGCUGCCGCUGGCGCUGGAGCUGGUGCUGGUGGAAACUUUGGCGGUGCCGGUUAUGCUGGAUCAUCGGCUUCCUAUGGACCAUCUGGCUUCCAUCAGACGGCGCAAAUUUAUCCGGAAAAUCCGAAUUCGCCCAAUAUCGACACUCGCUUUGGAGGUGACACACCACAAGGAGGAAAUGGCUUCGUCGGUGUUUCCAGCUUCUCAUCGUCAUCCAACAUCAAUGGGCAAACGCAUCGCGAAGCUGCCACCACGGUGAACGAUAAUGGGAAAGUGACCUCGUAUCACGUUCGCUCGUAAUGGGGGUAAACAUCGCGGGAAGGGAAAGCGGUCGCCCGGCAAAAAGGACACAUCAUUACUAUAUGAUCUGAAUUGAAGCAUGGGAUUACAGCAGAUGUUGCACUGAUUACGCUGGAUUUUAUGUGUAAUUUAAUGAACAAAUUAUUUAAAACAUAUGGUAGAUAUAGCCGCGGAGAACAUUCACUGUACUUAGGGAUAGCUGAGCUGAGAGAGUCGCUUUAUCGGAAACAUUUGCUUUCCAUGUUUCAAAAUAUUUUAAUAAUGCUCGAAAUUUUUGAGAUCCAAUAAAAUGUUUCUUAUCAUUCGAUAUUU